CAAGCUUGUGCUCUGAUCUAUCGCUGAGGCAAAAUGGCAGCAGCUGCAACAGGGGAGGUGAAAUUGUUGGGGCAUAAGAUGAGCCUCUUCGUGACGAGGGUGGAGAUCGCUUUGAACCUAAAGAAAGUAGGGUACGAGUUCGUGCAGGUGGAGGUACACGGGCAGAAGAGAUCCUGGUGAAGUCCAACCCUGUGUACAAGAAGAUCCCCGUCCUCAUCCACCAGGGAAAGCCCAUCUGCGAGUCCGCCAUCAUCGUGGAGUACAUCGACGAGAUGUGGACCAGCGAGCCUCCCAUCCUCCCCUCCCACCACUUCGACCGCGCCGUCGCUCGCUUUUGGGCCACCUACAUCGAUGACAAGUUGCUUGCGCUGGUUAGGGCUCUCGCUUUCGGAGCAACCGAAGGGACGUCCAAGGCAGAAGCAGCAGACGGAGGGGCAGAAGCUUUUCAGCUGCUGGAAGAGGCUUUCACCAAGUGCAGCCACGGGAAGGAGUACUUUGGUGGUGACACCAUUGGCUACUUGGAUAUCGCCCUGGGGUGCUGGCUGGGGUGGAUCAAGGCGGUGGAGGAGGUGAGCAGCAUCAAGUUCUUGGACGAGAAGAAGGUUCCGCUGCUGGUGGGAUGGGCGGAGCGCUUCUUGCAGGACAAGGCUGUGAAGGAAGUCACGCCGGAGAUUGACGAAUUCGUACAAUAUGCUAAAAUGAUUUUAGCAUCUGCUCGUUAAAAUUCUAUAUGACUUGGGUUUCAGUUUGUGAUCAUUGUGGGUGAGAUUUGGGUUUAUGUUUUCUGCUGGUUUGUAGGAAUUGCGCUAUGUUGUUGGCGUCCGUGUUAUUUAACCAAAUAAGUUAUUGCCAUA